GAACCAUGUUUACGAACAUUUCCAUGCGGACAUUCAUGUACAAAGAAAUGUAGAGAACCAUGUGGACAUUGUGAUGAAAGGAUUACUAUUAGUCCACCUUGUGGGCACAAAAGAGAAAUUUCAUGUUUUUCGUCACGAGUAUAUCGGUGUACGGAAACUUGUCCUAAAAAACUAAAAUGUGGACAUCAGUGCAAAGCAAUGUGUUUAUCGCCUUGUACAUCCAAGUGUAUG